UUACUCGUAGUGUGCCGACUUGGAAACCUAAGCACCUCUGGAAAGAUCAACCGGAAUCGAUGCAAUUGCAAUUCCGAACACCACAUUGACGCCGACCGUCUAUGUAGCACACGAAAUCAUUCAUUUCCAUGUCGAAUCCCGAUCGAGAUGCUGAGGAGGAGCGGACACGAGAGACGGUCUCGCGGUUCCUCGACCCCGCAUACACCAGCCACCUUGAAGGCGCAGAACCAGACGAACCCCCGCAGAGCUCGAAUACGACGCAGAGCUCCGAUCGAGAAGGACGAGAACAUGAGAGCUCACUGAAGCUGCAGGGAGGGGACAUACACCGGGAUUUGUACAAGCUUGGAGCGCGAGCAAGCCCAAGUCCUAUUCAGAGAGCGCAAACAUUUUCUCAUCCACCACCAUCUGGUCCCACCUUGGGGAGAGACUCUGCCGCAGAACAGAGACAACCUGGUGGAUUCCGGAGGCAGUUUGUCCAACAACAGCGGUCUCAGAGUUUCACAGAGAUACCCCGGAGCUUUGUGAGCUUCCUAGAACUUUAUGGUUCCGUUACAUAUUUCCUGGCACAAGACGACGAUUCCGACAACGCAAUUGAGGACGAAGAGGAUGCCGAAGAACGACGCAUAUUGUCGGCAGAGGGACAAGAUGGCGAGAGACGACCUCUGCUCGGUAGGAGGAAGACUUCUCGAGCUGCGAACAAGCCCGGAGAUGCCACUCUCACAAAGACAUUCUUCCUUCUGCUCAAGUCGUUUGUCGGAACUGGAGUACUGUUCCUACCAAAGGCAUUCAAGAAUGGCGGUUUGUUAUUUUCGUCAAUAACUUUAGUGACUGUGUCUCUGGUUUCAUGUCUGGCCUUUCAUCUUCUGUUGCAGUGUCGCACACGGUAUGGUGGAGGGUAUGGUGAAAUUGCUGAAGCUAUAGGCGGCAAGAGAAUGAGGUCUAUCACUUUGUCCUCUAUUGCUCUCUCCCAAUUAGGCUUUGUAUGUGCUGGUAUCAUCUUCGCUGCCGAGAACAUCUACUCUUUCCUGGAAGCUGUCACCAAAGGUACAUCGCCAAUCUCGAUCACAGCCCUCAUUGGCUUUCAACUUCUGGUCCUCAUUCCUUUAGCUUUCAUUCGCAACAUCUCGAAGCUUGGUGGCGCUGCUUUACUAGCAGAUGUGUUCAUUCUACUCGGGCUGGGAUACAUUUACUUUUUUGACAUUUCUACGAUUGCCAAAGAAGGUAUCAAUGACACCGUUCAUUUAUUCAACCCACGAGAUUUUACCUUGACCAUCGGAUCGGCCAUUUUCACAUUCGAAGGCAUCGGCUUGAUCUUACCCAUCCAACAGUCUAUGAAACAGCCAGAGAAAUUUGAGCGUCUGCUGUUCAUAGUCAUGAUCCUCAUCACCAUCAUUUUCGCAUCUGUCGGCAUCCUCAGCUACUCAACCUUUGGCGACAAAACAACGGUUGAGAUUAUCAGCAAUCUCCCACAAGACUCCAAGAUUGUGAACACCGUCCAAUUCCUCUACUCUCUGGCCGUCCUAGCCGGAGACCCUGUCCAAUUGUUCCCAGCAAUGAGGAUUGUGGAAGAUUCGCUGUUCGGCCACCGUUCCGGGAAGCGCGAUCCAAGAACGAAAUGGAAGAAAAAUGUCUUCAGAGCAUGUAUUGUUUGUGCAUGUGGGGUUGUAUCCGCUUUAGGAGCCGCUGAUCUUGACAAGUUUGUUGCGUUGAUUGGUUCCUUUGCAUGUGUACCAUUAGUGUACAUCUAUCCUGCAUAUUUGCAUCUGAAAGGGGUUGCGGAAAACAAAUAUGUCAAGCUUGGAGAUAUAGCUUUGAUGACUGUGGGACUUGUUGCUAUGGUUUAUACUACGGCCGUAACCAUCACUCGUUGGUCUGGGUCGUAGGCGUUUGGCUGCUCAUAGCAUUGGGUUGGAUGACAUGCAAAAGUUGGCCCCUCAAAAUCUUUGUAUUAUACACGAACGAAACAAUAUGAAACUUUGUUG